AUGAUAAAAAAUUAUUAUAAACAGUCUAGGUAAUAAUCAUACUUAUAAACCUAAAAAAAAGCUUCAGAAUUUAAUUGCAAUUAAAAAUCUAAAUCAAAAUCUCCAGGUCCUAUUAGGUAAAAGAAUUAACCAAAAUAAUCUAAUUCAAAUAUUAAAUCAAAAUAUAAAAUGGCAACAGGAGAGUUAAAAUAUUUUUAGGAAUGCUUUCCAGAUGAAUAUACAAUAUUUUCAAUAAAUAAUGAAAUUUACUUUUAAAAGGAUAUUAUUAAUUGUAAGUAGAAGGAUUCACAACUUAAUACAACUUUAGAAGGUUCAUCAGAUGAGGAUCAAACUAAACUGUAAGAAUUCACUCUCUAGACAUCAUUCAAUCCUGCAAACUUUACUUAGUAUCAGUAUAGCUCUCGUUUUGCUUAUUCUAAUAGAGAAAAAAUAUUCGAAGAGAGAAAAACAUCUUUAAGUAGUUCUUAAAAAAUAUUUAGGUCCUUUGUAACGAAGCUUAUACAGUAGACACAAUAGUUAAUUACAAAGUAGCAAAAGGAAAAUAUUUGAUUGA